UCUUCUCUCUCUCCUCUCUCUCUCUCUCUCUCUCUCCUCUCUCUCUCUCUCUCUCAGAGCAGCAUUAGAUGCCUGGGUGUCAGCGACUCUACUGUCAGUUCGUCGUCUUUGUCAGAGAUGGAGAAUGGAGGUGAGGACACGGAGUCUCUGUGGGAGUCAGUGGAGAGUAACCGCUACAUCUUAAGUCGCUACAUUUCGCCUGGUAAACUGACUCCCUACCUGCGCCAAUGUAAGGUUCUAGACGAACAGGACGAAGAUGAGGUCUUAAACUCACUACUACUGGUCUCUAAGGUCAACCGCACAGGUCGUCUGUUAGACAUUCUUCAUGGUAAAGGAGAGCGAGGUUAUGUGGUUUUUCUGGAGAGUCUUGAGUUCUAUUAUCCUGACCUUUACAAGCUGGUGACUGGCAAGGAGCCCACCAGACGCUUCUCCACUAUCGUUGUGGAGGAGGGUCAUGAAGGGUUAACCCAGUUCCUGAUGAAUGAAGUCAUCAAGCUACAGCAGCAGGCCAAAGCUAAAGAUGUCCAGAGAGUUGACCUCAUUGGGAAACAGCGCACCCUGGAGGAUGAACAGAAAAAACUACGCCUGACCAACCAGGAACUAUCAGCCUUCCAGCAGAGAUACAACAAGAUGAAGGAAGAUAGGAACAACUACAAUGAUGAGCUACUGAGGGUGAAGGAUGAGAACUAUAAACUGGCCAUGCGGUAUGCAACGCUCAGCGAGGAGAAGAACAUGGCUGUGAUGAGGAGCAGGGACCUGCAGCUGGAGAUCGACCAGCUGAAACACAGACUAAACAAGCUAGAGGAGGAAUGUAAGAUGGAGAGAAAACAGAGUCUGAAACUGAAGAACGACAUCGAGAACCGACCGAGAAAAGAACAGAUCUUCGAACUGGAGAGAGAGAACGAGGUUCUGAAGAUCAAACUGCAGGAGCUGCAAUCUAUCAUACAGCCAGGGCCUCUGCCUGCGUCUGACAAGGCGAUCCUGGACAUUCUGGAACACGACCGCCAGGAGGCGUUAGAAGACAGACAAGACCUGGUCAACAGACUGUACAACCUGCAUGAGGAGAUAAGGCAGGCUGAGGAGCUACGAGACAAGUACCUUGAGGAGAAAGAGGAUCUGGAGCUCAGGAGCUCUACACUACAGAAGGACUGUGAGAUGUACAGAAACAGGAUGAACACCAUCAUUAUACAGCUGGAGGAGGUGGAGAAGGAGAGAGACCAGGCGUUCCGAGCCAGAGAUGAAGCCCAGCACCAAUUCUCUCAGGGUCUGGUUGAUAAAGACAAGUACAGGAAACAGAUCAGAGAGUUGGAGGAGAGGAGUGAUGAGCUGCACAUAGUGAUUGUUCAUAAAGAUGCUAAGAUCGUCACUUUGGAGUCCAGACUGAGACGCCUAUCGAAAGAUACUGCUAUGGACCAGAGUUUGCCCAGAGACAUCCCCCCAACUGUCAUCGCUCAGGUGAUGGGGGAGGAGCCUAAAUCUCUUGGCCAAUCAGAGGGCUCCAGUGACGAGUCGCCAGAGGAGAAGUUCUUCCUACCAGAACCCCGCCUCAAGAGACGACCCAACCUGAAAGCAGUGAUUACCAGAGUGAAGUCUCCAGUCUCCACCCCCAAAACUCUGGACCCGCCAAUCAACACAGAGGACAGUCUCCGUGCAGCUGGUGGUGGAGCGUCUCCAGAUGUGAUGAUGUCAGAGAGUAACCUAACCCUGACCCUGAGCAGCACAUGUCCCCCCUCCCCUUCCCACUCCCCCUUCCCCAUCCGCCCCAACACAGAGCUGCCCAGCAAGACUACCAUGCUGCGCUACCGUAACGACAGCAUCAUGUCCACCAACCCCGAGCCGCCAGGAAACGCAUCACUGGUCCGUCGGACGCGAGAGGGAGAGACUGACUUCCAGCCCCGCGGCCUCUGUGACUUUGAAUAUGAGUGUGUAGACAACAUGGAUUAUGAUGAGGAAAUGGAAACACGUGGUCCUCCCUCACUCCACUCCUCCUCCUCCUCCCAUCAGUCAGAAUGUUUAGAUUCCUACGACCUGGAGACCGUCAACAACAUUUUCAGGAAACUGUCCCUGGAGAGGUACACCCCCCCCCUCUCACACCCACCAACACACACACACACACACACACACACACACACACACCCCUAGUGUAUCUUACCCCCC